CCUGGCCUCGUUGCAGCUACCUCCCUUCACCCUUUGACACCUCCUUGUCCUGUUAUUCCUCUGACCCAUCGUAGUCUUCGCCUAAUCCUAACUCUCCUUGCACCUUCCCUUGCUGUAUAGUCGCUGACAAUAUGACCUCCACGAAGCGCCGAAUCGAGACAGAUGUCAUGAAGCUCCUCAUGUCGGACUACGAGGUUAAUCUAGUCAAUGAUAACAUGCGGGAAUUCUAUGUUCGUUUCUACGGCCCAGUGGAGACACCGUUCGCAGGUGGUGUUUGGAAGAUCCACGUAGAACUUCAAGCCGAAUACCCCUACAAGUCACCGAGCAUUGGCUUCAUGAACAAGAUAUUCCACCCUAACAUUGAUGAAUUGAGCGGUUCGGUGUGUUUGGACGUGAUCAACCAGACGUGGUCUCCUAUGUUUGAUAUGAUCAACAUCUUCGAAGUCUUCCUUCCUCAGCUUCUUCGUUACCCAAACCCCAAUGACCCAUUGAACGGUGAAGCUGCUGCUUUGCUCAUGCGUCAUCCCAAGGAAUAUGAAGCUAAAGUAAAAGAGUAUGUGCAGCGAUAUGCCACGAAGGAAGCCGCUGAUGGAGCAGAUGGAGAAGAUGAAGAUGGAGAAGACGAGGAAAUCAGCGACGUAGGCAGCAUCAGCGAAGACGGCGAUUCUUGAGCUAGACGCGACACCUCUCAAUCACUUUUCUCGCCUUUGGGCCCUCAUCGGCACCCCUCAUGUAUUUGGUAACCCGGACUUUCUUGUGUUUUGUAUCUUGCUUUCAGGCUCCAUGGUUUCAGUUCUUUGGAAAUACCAUGAUCAACGCUCUUCUUCACGACAAUUAAACCUCUCCAGGUCUCACGUUCCAGUAGCUUUUCGCGAUAACUAUUGUAAAUGUAUCCAGGUCUUUCCCAAUAGUUCGAGAAUAGGCCAUGUAUUUUUUCCAAAACUAGAAUGAAGAUGAUCAUUCCAAGGGCAAACGAAUACUGCAUGUUCAAGUUGGGCCUGGUGUGCUCCUGCUAGGAUUUGGCGGGGGAGGUACCAGUUCUCCCACUUUCCUCUGAAUAUCUGCAGCAGCCUUGACAAGAGAGUCUAUUUGGGUCUUGACGCUUUCCACAGUGACGAGCUUGGUUUUGCUCUGUUUUAGAAGCUCCUCCUUCUGCGCUAAUAACUCCUUUCUUCUUUGAUCUAGCCUUUGCCGUUCCGCAAGCUCGAAACUAAGACGAUUGAGCAUCAGUUGGUGGGGAUUACCCAGGACUUCAUCCAUUCGCGCUUCGCCGGGUGCAAGUCGCUUGAAUUCAUCAAGGGGAUAGAGGGUGAUGUCUUGAUACAUUGAAGCGAAUUGUCGACACUUGUCUAUCUCACGCUCAAGGUGACGUUUCUCAUAUAGCAAAUUUUGGAGUCCAAGGUGGGUUUGGUCCAUCUCCUGACGUGCAUCGCUUGUAGCCUGUUUGUGAACCCUGGUGGCUGCAUUGGCGUCGCGGUUGAGAGCUUUGAGACGUGCAAGAAGGGCACCAGCGCGAAUUCGGACGGCCUCUGGGCUUUCAGGAGACAAGGAGGGCGAAACGAGAUCACGGAGGUGUUGUAUUGCGAGAUCGUCUGGCUGCGGAGUCAUCGUACCCAUGGGUGAGACUGGGGACCGGUGGUGUCAAG